CUCAAAAUAAAAAGAAAAAAAAAAACCAGAAACAAAGAGCAGCGGGAAAAAAAGUCAUCGAAAAUUUUGAACUCUCAAAUGGCCAAAUCUCACACGCUCUCUCUCUAAUUUUCCAGGCAACCAAACACCCACAAAUUUCCCAACUCCUGGGUUUCCUAGAAAGCCCCCCAAAUGAAAUGUUCAAGUAUUAUUCAAAAAAAUGAUUAAUAACAACAAAGAAGAAGCAAGCAAGUACCACACAGUACAAGCAGAGCGUGAUUUAGAGGCUAAUUGGGAAGUCGAUCUUUCAAAAAAGCUUGAAGAUUAUUUGUUAAAGAUUUGUUCUGGUGAAAUUGCUGGAAACGAAGAGGAUAGUAACGUCAAUUUCGCUGAAGCUGCUUUAUUGCUUCAAGGUUCAGUUCAAGUUUAUAGCAGGAAGGUUGAGUAUUUAUACAACUUGGUUUUGCAUGCUUUGGACUUCCUAUCUCAGAAAAGGCAGCAGGAGCAAUCAGAGGGCACAUCUGUCCAGACCGAACAAAGUGGUUCCCGUGCAGUUUCUGAUGAAGAAAAUGAUCAAUUUUGGGUCUCAGAUGAUGUCCCAGUUGAAGCAAGGAAUUGCUUAGAUGCUUCAACCAGCAAAGAUGCUUCUUUCUAUCACUUUGUGAAACCACCAGCAAAUCUUGUUGUUCUUGAAGGCGAUUGCUUAGAUACCAGUGGUGAUGGUGGGGAAUUAGAGUCAUAUCUGUUAGCCACCAAUGAUCUUUACCAAGAUUUUAUUCUCUUAGACCCAUGUGAUGCCCUAGCCAUAAAUGAUUUUUUGAAAGCAGAUAAUACUGGAAGGGCACAAAAUGGUCCUUACAGGGGCAGCUCAAUACGUAAGACCUUUCAGUCCCCAACAAGGUGUUAUGGAGGAACUGCUAACAAGCCUUCUCUUGGAAAGAAUCGGGAUGCCAAUCCCAUGCCAUCCCCUGUUGCUGGUUGCAGUUUUGGAGUUAAUGAUUGUAAGAUCAGGCCUGACCCUCCUGUCCAUGAUAAUUUUGACGAGAAUCCUGGAUUUGAUAUGGAAGAUAGAUAUUCAGAUCCUGAGAAUGCAGAAGAUUCAGAUGACAAUGAUGAUCCCUGGAAGCCUUUGAACCCCCAUGAACCUGGGAAUUUAAAAGUGAAAACUUUUAAGAAAGUAAAAGAUUUCAGAAGGAUUGGGCUAAAAUCUGCUGAGAAGACCUCUAUAACUGCUCUGUUUCCACUUGCAAGGAUGCAUGGUACUAUUAGUCCAGAUCUUGCCAAAAUAUGGGAAGCACGGCAAAACAAAAUUGGAAAACAUGGGAACACACAAUCUCCUACAUUAUAUGAAAAGCUGAGGCAAUCUCUUACUAAUGAAGGACAUAAUAUUCCUGAUACGUAUGGUAACUCUGGGAAUGACAAUGAAGACAAUGCAUAUGACACUGGGAUCCCUGAUUUCAGGCAGCCUGACGAAGAGAUUUCAGAAUGCAUGAAUGAAGAUUCACCCCCCCCUCUACAUGAAAAGCAUGAUGAUGGCGGGACUCACUUUGACACCUAUACAGAUUUUGGACAUGGAGAUCAAAGAUCUCAAGCAAGCCUGGAAGAUCUUUGUCGCUCUCACCUUGAUGCUCUGCUCGCCAAUAUAGCUGAAACUGAGAAGCAAACUGAACUGGCUGCUCGGGUUUCAUCAUGGAAACUGAAAAUUGAGCAAAACUUGGAAGAACAAGACUCGCAUCCGCCAUUUGACAUUCAUGCCUAUGGUGAAAGGAUUGUUAACAAACUCUCUCUUGAAACAGACAGUAAAAAAUAUGUCAUGGCCUUUACAGAUGUUGUGAAGGGCCAGGAAAAACAUGAUGUGGCUCGAACCUUCUCCGCACUUCUUCAGCUGGUCAACAAUGGAGAAGUUGAUUUUGAUAGGAGUCAAGCUAAUACCGAGUCAUUCUGUUACACGGCCGUCAAUCCUUUCCAUGUCCGGCUCCUCGGUCAUAAAAAAGAACAGGAAGGAAGACAAUUUCAACUGUCAAAAAAGAGAGUUAAAUCACCAAUAAGAAAAGGAGGUCCGAAGCUUGGGAAGAAUGGUAACACAAGGUGCACACCUGAAGGUAAGAAGAGGCGAAGAUCUCGAGUUGUUGAGCCAGUUGACUUACAUUCAGCAGGGUGACCAAGGCAUCAUAAGCAAGUUUUAUUGCUGGAGUUAUUCAAUCCCUGUGCUGAUUGGCCUGGUGCAUUAACAAUGUGAUUAUUGCAUUAUUUGUAACUUUGUAUCACUAGAGCAUAGAACAUUAGUUCCGAGACCUGUCCUGGCUGUUAGGCUGAUCUGCUAACCCGAGCCUGGAUUAACCUGCUGAUCUGCGACCCGGAUCUUGAGCCGAGUAUCCCGGCCCUGCUUUCAAAAAUAUGGUAGAGACAAUGAUAAGCUAGAAUGUGUAAUAUAUUUAAUAUUUCACAGGCUUGCAGGUCAAAUGCCCUUGUAAUAACACUACUAAUUUAACUGCACAAUGAUGUAAUAAUGCCAAUCUGCUUACUGUCAAUUUUUCAA